UGUCCAGGCGCUGCCUCCUCCUUGGUGGGCUGGGGGAGGGGGUGCAUGAGAGGAACCUGCAGGUCUUCUCAGCACACAUCCCUCUCGGGUUUGCGCCCUGCGCGGCUGAGAGCCCGCCUUCUCCGCGACUUCGGUUCUUGCUUGAGCAGGGGCGUCCAGCCUGCGGCCAAGAUGUCCCCAGUGGGGAAGGUGACCCAGGUCCCGAGCGGGAAUGUCUACCAGCAGAUCUUCGAGGCUGAGGUGCAGCUGGUCCGCUCCCUGGCGGCCACCAGGCAGCGGGCUGUGGAGUGUUCCCUGUCCCCGAAGAAUGGCAGGAAGCCGUUGAUGAAGAGGGUGGAUAUUCCUGAGGGGGAGAUGAUGUCUCCGCGGCAGCAGAAGUGGGUGCACAGCCUACCCAAUGACUGGGUCACGGAAAACCCUGUUCUCUACAGGGAAAAGGAAACAACCAAGAAGGAAAAAGCCCAAGAGGGUGAGAGCACCAUCGCUGCCCGAGAAGUCCGGGGCCUCGUGGACACCAUCGUUCCUGAGAGGACCAGCACCGUCACCCUUCGGGGGCGAAGAGACUACAAGAGGAGGGGCUACGAGAGCGCUCUGGGGAGCCUUAAGGAGGAGAUCGCUCAGAUUGGGAUGGAAAUGGAACCUCUCAUCUUGGAGCCAGGGGCACUUCUUUUAAAAAAGCUGGCUGAGUCUGACGAAGACAUCGACAGUCUCUUCAGAAAAGCAGAAAAUGACAACAACCUCGAAGACUGCACCAUCCAAACCCUGCUGGAGCUGUGGGAUCAGGUGGCCGAGAGAUUCCUGCUCCAGAAGCAGGAGAUUCAGAAGCUGGAUGAGACCCUGCUCUUGCUCGAGUCCUCCCGGGCAGACAAGCUAAAAAGCGUGUUGAAGAAAUAUGUGGACAUCAUGGAGAAAACUUCCUAUCUCAUGCAGCCCGACGUGUACAGGCUGAUAAAUAAAGAAGCCAUGGUUAUAAACCACGCCCUGCUGGGCAACCGGAGGGCCGUCGCCCAGCUGUCUGUCCACCUGGCGGAGGCCACGCUGCAGCAGGAGCUCGAGAGCCGCCGCCGCUGGCAGGGCCUGGUCGGUGCCUGGAAGGCACUCAAGAAGGAGGCCCUGGUGCGGGGCUUCAGUGAGUUCAUGGCCAGUGAGAGGAUCCAGGCUCCGCCAGCCGUGAAGAAGGAGCUGGAGAGCAUGCUGGAGAAGCAGAGAGCCCUGCAGCAACAGCGGCUGGGGCAUCUCUGCACCAUCCGUGACCUUCUGCCGCCCAGUUACAGCAGAGCCCGGCUGACUGAAUGGCACUCCUCUCUCAGCUCCCUGAACAAGCAGCUCGAUGCCUACCACGUGGACUGCAUGUUGCGGAUCCGCCUGCAGUAUGAGAAGACGUGGCAGGAGUGCCUGGCCCACGUGCAGAAGUGCAAGAAGCAGCUGCUGGACUGGAAAGCCUUCACCGAGGAGGAGGCAGAGAGCCUGGUGAGCCCGUCCUUCUUCCAGAUGGUGGGAGUGCUCCAGAGCAAGGUGGAGGAGGAGCUGGAGUUCUUGGAUAAAUCCUUUGAGGCCCUGGCAAAGCAGACAGAGCGGCAGAGCUCAGACCUCUUCAGAUUCUUCCAGGAGGCCGUGUCGCUGUGGGAGGCACAUCAGAACGUGCUAUCUGUGCAGGAGCUGGAGCUCGAGAAGAGGAUGGAGCAGCAGCGGCAGAAGCACAGCCUGGAGAACCAGGCCCAGGAGGCCCACCUUGAUAGGCUCUUGGACCAACUGAGGCAGCAAAGCCAUGAGAAAACACUCAAGUUUCACCUGGAAAAAGCCAAAGAUUUCCUGGAGAAUAUGAAAUGCAGGUAUGAAGGUUUUCACGUCCUCCUGACAAAGGAAGUGAUGGAGUACGGAGUGAUCGUACUGAAAGAACUCAACUCCUACAGCGCCACCCUCAGCCAACAUUUCUAUGUUCGUGAAAUCUUUGAGCAGAACUUGGAUGGGAAAGUCAUCUGCAAGUUCAGGGAACCAGAAGCACAUGAAAAGCACUUCCAGGAGAGAAGGAGAAAACAAAGGGCUCAAGUAGAAAUGAGCAAAAGCAAGGGAAGCAUCAGUAGAGGGACAAGUUCCCCAAGGCCAGCAGAAGAGAUGGAAGAAGAAAAAGAUCAGGAAAUCAAGUCCUCCACAACUGAAGGGCUGGUAGGGAGCCAGCGUGAAGAAUCUGUACUGAGUGACGAGAUGGAUGAGUCCAGAGAGGACUCUAUUCAGGGAUUAGAAGAAAAGCAGCUUGAAAGAGACAGCUCCUUAAAGCCAUCCCUGAAACUGGAAAAUGUGAUGGUUCAAGAAGAGGAGAUGGAGGAAGAGGAGGAGGAGGAGGAGGAGAACAAAGAAGGGGAGAAGGAAGAAGAGGAAGAGUCGGAGGAAAGGGAAGAAAAUGAGAGUUUAUCUAUGGAUGAGGCCAAAGCCCAGGAAGAGAGUCUGGGGGAGGUCUCCCAUGAGAACAUGGAGUGCUUCACAACUUCCAGUGGAAACACUUAUUUUGUCUUCCUACCCCUGGAACAAGAAGAAGAGAGUUACAAGAGGCCCAAGUCCAACCUUUCUGCCAUUCUCAUCAGUGACACUUCCAGUGCCAAGUUCCUGGAACAAGUGAUGAUUCCAUCCAGACUGGUUUCAGAAAUUAAGAAACAACUUCGAGCUGGCUUUUUCGAGCACUUAGAGAAGUGGUUUGACCAACGUGCCCUCCAUGCCCGGGUCAUCAUGGCCACCAAGAUUGAUGAGCUGCAUUCAGAACUGGAGCUGCGUCUGCACCUGCACCAGCCAAGAGCCCAGCACAUUGAAAAGGACAUCUACAACGUGAGAGCAGCUGAGCUCCUGCUUCAUCAAGAGCGGCUGAACAGCCACUGUGCUGGGGUGGUUGAGACGCUGAAGAAGGAGAACCUGAUGUUCCACCAGUUCCAAGAAGAGUUACACAUGAGGAGCAAAAACUUCCAACGCAAGAUUUACGACAUGGAGCACAUCUUCUUGAAUGCCACAAAGAGCCAGAGGCUGGUCACCCUCAGCGGCACACUGCACCAGGAGCUGCUUAACUACAUCGAUGUUGUCCAGGUGUCCCUGCGCAGCUUCCGCCAGUACUUGGAGGAGAGCCUGAGCAAGCUUCGCCUCACCAACGUUGAGUUCAUCAAGCACUGCAGAUUGUUUUCAGAGGGAGGCAACUUUUCUCCUGAAGAAAUUGACUCCCUGUGUCAUCGACUGGAGAAGGAAGCUUCCCGGAUAGAGUUUGUUGAAAGUUUAAUCAUGAUCAACAUGGAGAAGAUGGAGAGCGAGUACCUGGACCAGGCCAAUGAUGUCAUCAACAAGUUUGAAAGUAAAUUCCAUAAUCUGUCUGUGGACCUUAUUUUCAUAGAGAAAAUCCAGCGUUUGCUGACAAAUCUGCAGGUGAACAUCAAGUGUGAGGUUGCAAAAUCUAAUUUGCAAUCAGAUGGAUUAAAUUCUUCUCUGGAACAGCUUCAAAGCAAGGUAGAAGUGUGUCAAAACUCAAGGGGAGAUAAAAUAAUGGUGACCACAGAAGACCUCCUUGGCUUUGUCCAAACUUGGAAAGAAAAACUGAGCCAGAGGAUUCAGUACCUCAACUGCAGACUGGACAAGGACAACAUUUUGACUGACCUGGAGGUGGAGAGUGACAUCCUGGUGUCUUCAGAAGCCCUUGAAGAGGAUGCCAGGGUAGACCUGGUCACCCCUGAGUCCUUCACGCAGCCGAGCCGCAUGGGGAAGUCCAUGAUUGAAGACCCAGCUGUGGAGGUGAUCAAGAAGAUUCUGCAAUGUCCUGACUCAAAACGUUCAACCCAGCAGUGUGACAAAGUUCGGUCCCAGACAGGUACAGACACACAGGCCUGUGGGUCUCAUGGCACCGGUGGUGGGGAAGCUGAUGGUGCCACCUGACCCUCCUCCCCUCCAAUCCUCUGCUCUUGUCCUGGACAAGUGUCACCCAAAGGCUUGAAGCGACACUGGAACUGGGGAGAACAUUCCGUGAAGGCCUUGUCCAGUGCCACCUCAGCAGGGAGCCUCCAGAACACUGACCCACCUUUGUCCCACGGCAUCACUCGGUACUCCAAGCCCAACCGAACAGACAGAAAGUACCAGGUGCUCGGGGACAAGCCACCUCCUCCUGCUGAGGAUUUUAAAGGAAUCAUCCUGACCCUCCUCUGGGAGAGCAAUGAGCAUCUGCUGACCGUCGUGGAGGAGUUUUACCGCAAAGAGAAGCGCCCAGUCACCAGGCCCGACUGCAUGUACGAAACAUUUGACCAGUGCGUGGAGAAUAUCAGCAAGAAGAUCCUGGAGCACCAGGGCCAGACAGACGAGUACCACAACUCCUGCCUCAUAGAAUUACGGGCCCAGAUGAGGAGAUUUGAGGAGCUGCUGCCCCAGGUGUGUUGGCUGGUGAUGGAGAAUUUCAAGGAGCACCACUGGAAAAGAUUUUGCGACUCCAUCAAAGAGAUCCGGGGACAGUUCUGGGAACAUCAGAAGCAGCUGGAGAAAAGGAAGGAUGAAAAUGCCCAGAAGCUUCAUCCAAAUCUCGGACACCCUGCACAUGUCCAAGAAAUGGAGUCUCUAUGUCAGGGGGAAGAGGAAAGGCAGGAAGAUUUGGACACCGUGAUCACAACAGCCAGGGAGAAGCUGGAGGAGUUCACCAGGAAGUCCAGCCAGUAUUUCAUAGCCAGCCUGGCCACCUUCACCGAGAAGUUCCUGCUGCAGUUGGAUGAAGUGCUGACCAUCGACGAUGUCCAGGCUGCAAGGAUGGAGUCCCCCAGACAGAAAACGUCAAUCCUCAUCCGGAGGAAACUCGCUGGGCUCUCCCUGGAGGAAGAGAGUGAGAAACCCCUGAUCGAGCGGGGGAACAGGAAGUGGCCGGGAAUCAAACCCACCAAAGUCACCAUCCAAAACAAGCUUCUCCUCCAGGAAACAUCAUCGGUCACCACCAUCAGAACCACCCUGGGCCACCAGGCGGCCGUGGAAGCCCGAGACGCUAUCUACCUGAAAUAUUUAGCGUUAUUUGAAGAGGAGCUGAAGAAGAUCCAGGACGACCACACGUCGCAGGUGAAGGAGGCUCAGCGCUGGAAGGACACCUGGAAGAGCUCCGUGCGCACUGUUCAGGGCCUGUACUCGUGACACCCUCCACUCACCCCAAUAA